AGUAGGCGUGAUAUAAAAUUGAAGUCAUAUUCCCGAUUGAAUAUUCACAUAGAGGAAGCACAUCUGAUUACGUUUAUGCACACAGUUAGAAGUGCGGGGUUUGGGCGGGCCUUGCUAUUGCGCAUCUGGUGGGGUAGUGUAAAAUAAAGCCGUCAUUUUUACCCAUUUUUGAUUUGCGAUUACAAGUGCUGCUUGACACAGUAAGAAAUGACUGUAGACUGGAUUGGUUUUGGUUAUGCUGCCUUGGUAGCUUCAGGUGGAGUUCUUGGCUAUGUAAAAGCAGGUAGCGUUCCUUCUUUAGCGGCUGGUCUCCUUUUUGGAAGUUUAGCUGGAUUAGGUGCAUACCAGCUAUCUCAGAAUCCAAAGAAUGUGUGGCUGUCCUUGGCUGCAUCAGGGACCCUCGCUGGAGUCAUGGGCUUUAGGUUUUAUAACUCUGGAAAGUUGAUGCCUGCUGGAAUCAUUGCUGGUGCCAGUGCACUGAUGGUUGCAAGACUUGGAAUGAAGAUGUUGAGCAAACAGCAUAGUUCAUAGGCACUGAAUAUAUUUGCUAUAGUUUUAUAUGACAAAAUUGUUACAAUCAUCUAUUUAGCAAUGUAUAAUAAAUUAGUCCUUUAUCAUAGUAGUCCUGUUCCAACCAAAUAAAAUCAUCACUGACCAACUGGA